CUUUGCAAUGAUUCUUUUUCCUUGAAAGAUUAAAUAUAUAUUUCUGUUUUUAAAUGAUUCAUGUAAUCAAUGAUAUUCAAAGCGCAUAAGUUAAAUACAUAUACUUAAUUUGCACGAAGGAAAUUUUUAGCAUCGUUAUGUGUGAUAUGACAUUCACCAGAAUGAGACAGAAUUGAAUAAAGUGAAAAUUUCUGUAAAAGCGUGGUGACGAUAGAAAUCGUAAGGUCAGGGGGUGGCAAUGAAUGCAUGCGUAAAACCUUGAAUGGCGAACGUGUAGUGAGAGACAAUAUGCAUAAUUUAAUAAGACAAGGCAAGGAGGUGGUUAAAGGAAUGUGAUGAGAAAUCGUGGAGACAUCAACGACAACUAACUUUCAGGAUUAUCGUUGCUUCCCUUUUUUGUCAUGUGACAAUUACGGUAUGAUGAGAAACGGGACGAUUAUCACGCAUGCUGAUGUUUACGCGGAAGAGAUUCCUGGCACAUCUGACAGUGUCAUCAUGUCCAGUGAUUCGCCCCCGCCAUUGCAGACCUCUAUACCUCUGGUAGACUACGACGUACCAGAUGAAGCGCGUCCUGGUAAAAUCACACCGACCACACCUACUACUCCGGUGACGAGUAAACUAUUGAAUGCUGACACCGAUACUGAGACUAUCGAGAAUGCAGGACCAAUCGCGCAGACAGUGCUGCCGGUUCCCGAGCCGCAGCCGAAAAUCGAGAGGAAUGGAAUUGAUUCGGAGACAAGGAAACCGGUCACUCAACCCGAUAACGAUUCCUGUGUUGUAGAUUGUAUAUACUUCACGCAGCAGUGCUGCGAAUGUGUAAUACUUUAACGACCAAAACUCUUCCCGCGCGAAAUAAUUUAUACCCGUUGUACGGUUUCACUUGGU